GCCCUCCGCUGAUCCCCCGGCAAUUGAUACUCCGAUGGCUCAGACAGACCUUCCCUCGGGGAAGAUGCCUCGGGAGAUUAUUCGGCUCUCCCUCGCUCCGGGGGCAUCCGUAUUGCAUGGCUCAGCUGAACCGUUGUCUUUCCUGAGGGGGAUAACCUCGAUGAUGGACAAAGAAGCCCUCUCCACUUAUAACGAUUACGCCCUCGAAGCCAGGGCCCUUCGGUCAGCUCUGACUGCAUGCAUAACCUUCGGUGAGCAGGCCCGAAGGCGAGAGGAGUGGUGCCGUCAUAAGGUCGAGCUAGAGAGGUCCGUGGAGGAGCUGAUUCGCGACAAGGACGCUGCCCUUCGGGAGGUGUGUAAGUUGGAGGAUGCCCUUCGGCAAGCGGAGCUGCGGCUGAAGGAGGCCAAAGAAGACGGGAAGGCCGAGGGCAGGGCUGAAGCCGAGAGGGUUGCGGCCGAGGAGAGGAAACAAGCUGCUGAGGACGCCGAGAAGGCCAAAGCUGAAGCUGCCGCAAAAGCCCGGGAAGAGGCCAUUGCUGGGUUCACCUCCGAGGGCUGGAAAGCCGAGGGCCAGAGCGAAUGGGUGGCCUCUGUGGUGAAGGCCUCGAUUGAGGAGUGGGUGAGGGGCCCCGGGCUGGACUGGAUGAAUGAGAGGGGCGACACCUACUAUCAAGCUGGCGAGUUCUUCACCCAGCACCUGGUUUACCGGAGGCUCGCCCGGCAUUUUGGCACCUCCCUGGAUGAGUUCAAUCCCUCGGUGUACGGCCUCCCCCCGUUGCAGCCAGAUGUUCGGGUCCCCCUUCCCGAGGGAGAAGAGCGCCCGGUGAUUCAUGAUUCCAUGAUGAUGGGCGCCGAUGAUGAUGCCGAGGACGCCACCGGGACGGAGGUUACC